AUGGUUGAGGAGCAAUUCCCCGAUACAACACUCCUGCGGAAGGAUAUCUAUAAUGCCCGUUCGUUCAUUAACCGAGAGAAGCUAAAUGGCUAUACACCUACUGCGGCAUUGAUCAAACUCUUUGAUGAGAAGAAGAUCCCAUACAUCGCGAAAUGGGCCGAUGAUGAUCCAGAUAGACUGCUUGGUCUUGUCUGGACCUUUCCGUACUGUCUACAGAUGUGGAAGCGCUUCCCCGAGGUUAUUAGCUUUGAUAACACAUAUAACACUAAUCGCUUCAAGCUUCCUUUAUUCCAGGCUACUGGCCAAACCUGUCUUGGAACUGUGUUCAAUGCUGCAUUUGGCUUAAUAGAUAACGAGAGGAGGGAGGGGUUCCAAUUCCUUGCAGAGAGUGUUCGCAAGCUCAUUACAAAACACUCACUCAGGGAACCAGAUGUCAUCAUCACAGACUUCGACAAGGCUAUGAAAGCUGCCGUUAAUGAUCAGUUUCCAAAUGCACAGCAACAGCUUUGUAUUCAUCAUAUCCUUUCAAACGUUUUGCUUAAAUCGAAGACUAGGUGGACGGGCCAACGUGAGGACAGUACUACUAGCCCUAGCGCUAGUGACAGUGAAGACAUUCCCUCACAGGCGGAUGGCGGGUUGAGCACUACAGAUAAGCAUCUGAUCGAAGAUCGGUCGACCGAUCUGAUAAUCAACCAAGUGGGCGACGAGGUCGACCGCCAGGAAGUCUCAAUAAGCCAACUCUUGCUAGGAGAGUGCAUAAAGCUACUCGAGAAACCAUCACACAAACUGGUGGCCAAAUUGGCAUCUCAGCCCAGCAAGGGCCAGGUAGACCUUCUAAAGUCCUAA